AUGUCCGGAUUCCAGGAGAGGAAAGCCAAGAUCCUCCAAGACCUCGCCAGACCAGAGGAGCAGUAUGAUGACUUAUCCCCGAAAGGCUCGGUGGACAGCCAGAUCAGAGAUCUUGUGAACAGCAUAAAUCAGCGCGAUGGCUAUGUGACGACGAGUAGUUGUGCUGGGCGAAUUGCGGUGUUUCUGGAAGGCCCGCCAAAAUCCGGGCAGUCUGAAGUCCAAGAAAGUACCGACGUGAUAUCUGCCUCCACCCAAGGCAAAGGUGGUGGAAGGUGGCUCUUCGUAUCUCAUGAUCCGCUUGAGAUGGAGACGCUGAGUGAGGCGGGUGCUGUUGCCUCGCUGCUUGGACUUCCACAUGAAGUGCCUGUCUCCUGCCCAGGCACAGAAACGCGGCCGCGAUUCGUACAUCUCAAAUUCGAGCCUAUGAUUCUGCAUGUCUUGACAUCUAGCCUGCAAAAUGCGCAACAUUGUCACACAGCAGCCAUGGGAGCGGGCUUCCGAGAGUCUGGCAUCUCGAAUAUCACUGGACCCAAUCCUACACCUAUGGUGGCCAUCAGAACUCAAGGUCUUGCUUUGGAGACAAUCAUUGCAUACCAGGACACAGAUGGUAUAAUCCGGCCUAUGGUUUCGGACCAGUAUCUGCGCACUCUGCUUGAGCUUGCCAAUUCACGGUUCCAAACGAAUGCAGAGCGCACGAAGAGAUUUCAGCAUGCUUUGCUUGGCCAUGAGACGAACGGUGAUCACAAGCAUAAGGCGGACUGGGAACCAGCAGACGUUCGACGGGAACGGAAGCGUGCCGAAGGUUUGAAGAAGCGUGCCGAAAUGGGAACCCUCAAACUGGAUCUGCCAACAAAUGGAACGGAUGGGACGUUCGAGCACGAUGAUUUCGAUGUUGGACGAUUCGCCGAUGAGCUAUAG